AUGAAGCCUGAGAAGGCGGAGAAAGCUUCGAGCUCGUCGAUGGCUCUGAAGGUUGUGCGGAGAUCUCAGGUUUUCAAGAAGGCCGCGGCUGGUCGCUGGAAGACGAAGGUCGCUGGGGAAGGUGCAGCUGAGGCCAAGGCGAAGGUCCCAACGAAGGAAGCCGUUUUACAGGCAGCUGUAUCUGGGAGAAAGACAGCAGCAUCUACGAAGAAGGCAGCCCUGGCACCAUCUGCUGUAAAGAAGCUCAUGUCAGGAAGAAAGUCCCUGAUAGUUCGUCACAUGAGCACGUCGAAGAAAUCUACGAAGUUUAUUAGGGAUGCGAGUGCGAAGGUGAUGAAGCCAGUUGCGAAGGCAAAAUCUGCUAGAGCGGCAGGUCCAUCGGCGAAGAAGGCCAAGAAGCGUGAUGUCGUCCAACUAGAUGCUGACGACGAAUCCGAAGCAAAUGGUAUUGGUGAAGAUUGCGGUAAGGAAGUGUGUGACGAGGACGAUGAGGAUGAGGAGGAUCAAGAAAGUAACGAGGACGAUGAUGAAGAAGAUAGCGAGGACGAUGGGGAUGAGGAGGAUCGAGAGGGUAACGAGGACGAAGGUGACGAGGACACAGAAAGAGAUGAAAAGGUCCAACGGAAUUUGACGCAGCCUUUUAGGGGAAGGAUAUCCGAGCGAGUUCAGGUGUUCGGAAGGAAGACUGAAGUGCAGAGACCUCGGUGA